UGUGUUUAUUAACAUAGAAAGAUGUUUAUGAUACACUGUUACAUGAAUUAAGCAGGUUACAAAAUGGUGAAAAUAAUAUCAGGGUUGGUUUUUUAUUUCAGUUUUAUAUAUAUAUUUUUUUCAAUUAAGACAUGGUCUUACUCUGCUGCCUGGGCUGGAGUACAGUGAAGUCAUCAUAGUUCACUGCAGCCUCAGACUCCUGGAGUGGAGCAAUCCUCCUACCUCAGCCUCCCAAAGUGCUGGGAUUAGAGGUAUGAGCCACUGCACACAUCCCACUUUCUCAAUACGGUCCAUCUCAAUACGGUCCAUGAUUUCAUUUAUGUAGAAAAUAAAAUGUUUUUUUCAGUAAAAGCAAUCUGAACAAAUAUUGUCCUUACUCAGUGGUGGUUAUCUCCGGGUAGUUUGGGUUGUCACUAUUUUGUUUCUGAAGUAACCAUGCAAAUAUUUUCCAAGUUUCCUAAUUUUGCAAAUUGGUAAAUGGAAAAUGAAAGUUUCCAGUCAUUAGUUCAUGUUAUUAUGACUUUAAGUGUAUCUUGUAAAAAAUCCGAAGUGCUGGAUAGUUAGGGAUUUGGGGGGAAGUUGAGUAGGGCAGAGGGCACUGCCCUUUGUCCCUGGCCCUGACCAUCCCUUUGAGACCCUGGGCUCCCCACUUCUGCAUGCCACUAUGGCUCUGUCAUUCUGUUUUGUUUCUUCACUGGCUCUUGGGGUGCCUGGAGAAAAGGAAACUGAAAGUGAAGUAGCAUUUGGCCAUUGAUGCAGGCUCUCUGGACAUGCCCACUGAUGUGCUGCUCAAGCCUAUAAGAGGGCUGAGCAGAGCUGAAGGCAGCCAGAAGAGGACCUAGUGCCAUACCUCAUAGCCAUGGGUUGGGACCUGAAGGUGAAGAUGCUAGGGGGCCAAGAGUUCCAGGUGUCCCUGAGCAACUCUAUACUGGUAUCAGACUUGAAGCGACAGAUCACCCAGAAGAUUGGUGUGCACGCCUUCCAGCAGCACCUGGUUGUUCACCCAAGCGGCGUGGCCCUGCAGGAUAAGGUCUCCCUCAUCAGCCAGGGCCUGGGCCCUGGAAGCACAGUCCUGCUGGUGGUGCAGAGCUGUGAUGACCCCCUGAGCAUCCUGGUGAGGAACGACAGGGGCCGUAGCAGUGCCUACGAGAUCAGGCUGACAGAGACCGUGGCCAGCCUCAAGCAGCAGGUGUGCUUACAGGAGCACGUACAGGAUGACUAGUUCUGGCUGAGCUUCGAGGGCAAGGCAAUGGAGGACAAGCUCUCUCUGUGGGAGUAUAGCCUCACACCCCUGUGCACGGUGUUCAUGAACCUGCGCCCGCGGGGGGGCAGAGCAGGACCUCCCACUAGCACCUGACCAGGAACAAAUGUUGAUACUGGAAAUAAAUGUGGAUGCAAAGA